UUUCAGAUGUGGCUUGGGGCAAGUGUAGUGUGUAUAGCAUCGCUGACACUAGCUCAGAUUCAUUAUCCUGGAGAGAAGUACUUUAGAAAUGUACGGCAGUUGACAUUCCAUGGUACGCAUGCCGAGGCUUAUUUCAGUUUUGAUGAUAACUAUCUAACGCUCCAAGCAACCGGUUAUGGUGUGGAUUGCGAUCAGAUCUACCGCUUGGACUUGAGUGCUCCUCCGAAUCAGACUAUGCACAGAUUGAGCACAGGCAUCGGCUCAUGCACUUGUUCAUUUUUCUAUCCGAACAACAGAGAUCUCUUGUACGCGGGUAACUUCCAUAAGACAAAGAUGCCAACAAAAGCAGGAUCGAACGAUCCGACUUGUCCACCUAAAAGAUGUCGUUCACCAGAAGCCGAAAGGGAUCCGGUGCUGCAGAAUCUGUGCAACACAUCCUACACUUGGGAUAUCUACGCGGAUUACGACAUUUUCAAGGUGAAUCAGUAUGGAAACAUCAUAGCGCAGCUGACAAAUAACAGUGUCUACGAUGCGGAAGGUGUGAUUAGUCCGGAUGGAUCGAAAAUUCUAUAUACGAGUAUGGAGAAUGGAGAUUUGGAUCUCUAUGUCAUGAAUAUCGACGGAUCAAAUAAAAAGCAGAUCACGAACGUUCUGGGCUAUGAUGGUGGCGGAUUUUUCUCACCUGACAGUAAGAAGGUCGUCUUCCGCGCAAGUCGACCCAGCACAUCUGAAGAAAUAAGCAAAUACAAGGCAUUGCUUAAGUACAAUCUUGUUGCUCCAACAGCAAUGGAGCUCUAUGUGGUAAAUGUGGAUGGCACUGGACUUCGACCAGUUUUUCCAAAGAAAUUAGGCGGAGCUAACUGGGCUCCUUAUUAUCAUCCAGACAACAAAAGAAUCAUCUUCAGCUCAAACUUUAACUCUACGGGAACUGAUUACAAUUCGUUUGAUCUUUACAUUGUAAAUGAGGAUGGGACUGGUCUGGAGAAGGUGACUAUGGAUGAGGGUCACUUUGACUCGUUUCCGAUGUUUUCACAUAAAGGCGACAAAUUUGUCUGGGGCUCGUCGCGCAACGCAAAAACUCCGGGCGAUAUCAAUAUCUUCAUCGCUGAUUGGGUAGACAAGCCGGGAGAUCUUGCGAAAGAAGAAGCGUUGAGAACAAACAGAGUAUGGCGCUCAGUCAAGGCUGAAGAACCAUUGGAGAAUGCUGUGACGGAGCCAUGGCAGAACACCAAUACAACGCCGUACGAUGGAGUAGUUCACUUCAAGGGUGAACGGCACUUCAAAAAUGUGAAACAACUCACAUUUGGUGGACAGAAUGCCGAGGGAUAUUUCAGUUAUGACGAUUCCAAAGUCACUCUUCAAGCUACCGGAUAUGGAACUGAUUGCGACCAGAUCUAUGAACUUGAUCUCAACAUUGAUCCUCGCAAGCAGCUCUUGCGAAGAACAAGCACAGGUCUUGGUGGUACGACCUGCUCGUUUUUCUUCAAAGAGGAUAACAAUGAUCAUCGACUUUAUGCUGGAAAUUUCUGGGCGCUGAACGUCUCAUCAUUCAAUGACGCAGCCAAAACCUGCCCUCAGAAGAAAUGUCAAAAUCCUUCGAUCACAGAUCCAAUACUAAAGAAGCUGUGCAAUACUUCUUAUACCUGGGAUAUUGUACCUGAGUAUGACAUCUUCAAGGUGAACAAAUAUGGAAACAUCGUCCAGCAGCUGACCGAUCAUCCUGGAUACGAUGCUGAAGCCGUUCUUAGCCCAGAUGGCAAAACCAUAGUUUUCACUUCGAUUCGAUCUGGAGAUCUAGAACUUUGGUCCAUGAAUUCUGAUGGUACCAAUCUCAAUCAGAUUACCUAUGAACUCGGUUAUGACGGUGGAGCAUUCUUUUCUCCUGAUGGUAAGCGAUUAGUGUUCCGCGCAAGUCGUCCAAAAACACCAGAAGAUAUUGCCAAAUAUAAGAAAUUGCUCGAAUAUGACCUGGUCGAGCCCGUAGCGAUGGAGCUUUUUGUUGUGGAUGUGGAUGGUUCGAAUUUGAGACAGAUAACUAGCCUUGGAGGUGCAAGCUGGGCACCCUACUAUUUGAACGACAAUAAGCGGAUAGUGUUCAGUUCGAAUUACGGCGAUAGUGAAAAUGGCUUCGGAGCAUUUGCACUGUAUGUGAUCAAUGACGAUGGGACAGGACUAGAAAGGAUCACCUACGGAGACCAAUAUCAAUUUAAUUCUUUUCCCAUGAUGAACCAUGCUGGCACAAAGCUGAUCUGGGGAUCGAGCCGCAACGGAACGAGCAAGUAUGACUUGAAUCUCUUCAUAGCCGAUUGGACAGAUGAUCAAACGGGAAGCAGUGGUGUCCUGUCUCUUCUGCUUUUGCCCUACUUGCUUCUGUUUGCAUAAACACAGUAAACUAAUACUUACAUAUUGCACUUAUCCCGUUAAAUACCAUGGUUGCUUUUGUUUUCCGAGAAAAUUUCCUACAUUACGCGGUCUAUAAUUCAACUACAGUAGGACGCACCUCACUUUUUGACUAGCUGUUUUUUUUUACCAUCUCCGAAUGCAUGUAUAUUUUGUGGGUGUUUCCACUUUGCUUUUCUCCUCAUGCUCUUUAUAUUCAUGUUCAAAACUACUUGCUCAAUUGAAUGAAAUUUCUCAAAUGCUAGUUCAGCAAGUUCUUUUUAACGGCAUAAAUUUCGUAAUGGAA